AUGUCGACACGGCGCCAUACGGAUCCUGUCUACCUUCAAUACAUAUGGGACGCACUCGAGGUUCCGUCUGCUGAACAGAUUCUCGAUUUUGAUUUUGUAUUGCAAUACAUUCGAAAUGAGCGUGACCCGAGAUGCGACAGUACUAAGCUUCAGCAGCAAAUUAGCAAUGCGCUUCGGGACAAAUGUAUAAUUCUUAGCGGCUCGAGAUACUGCUUCCAGUGCCAUCUUCCCGGUCCUGUUGUCAAUUGUCCCACUUGCUUCCGAGUUUACCAUGAGACUUGCCUAUCUCGAGCGUUUGAGGCGGAUAUGUUCACUUCUUUUCCUGAUGAACAAUAUAUGGACGCAGAUGUAAACGUGUCUUUCCCUCCCUCGUCCCCAUGUCCGACCUGUAGACGUCUCACAAACACCACAAUGGACAAAUCAACAACAUCAACAGACUUACACUUUGUCUACGCUGUUGUUCUCGAGAAAAUGAGGAGCAAGAUUCCCUGGCGUACCCUUUAUACGGUUGGCUACGUUAACGAAUCUGAUCGCAAUCGAUACUUUUCCUUUAAACAAAUGAAUACUCGCAUUGUCACUGAAAAAUUACGAAACAACCCCUCUUCGUUAGAUGGUUACCCUAAUCGUACCUCGGUUUUGGUCGACCUCGAUCUUCUCAUACAUAAUGCUGCUGUUAUUUAUGGACCCAAGGCAGAGAUGACAAAUACUGCGAGGCACAUACGGUCUGUGGUACAGAAGGAACUUCGUGAAUCUGCUCUCUGCGUCGAUUGCUAUUUGCGUUCGAAGGGGGGUAAGCCGGAUCAAAAACAAAUUGUCGAAGCUUGUCGAAGACCCCAUCAGUUGCUUUGGUAUCAUCAUAGUAGCUGGUCUUUCCGGCCGUGUAAAGUGUUGCAGCAGACCACUGACGGAUACGAAGUUAUCUGUUUCGAUGGGCGUCGGGAAAGGCAGUUUGUGCCACUGCAGAGCGCUGUUCAGAUGACAUUUACGGCCACCGAACUUGGACUUCGUAUGACCGCAUCUCUAAAGAGGGCUCUCGAUGAAGCAGAAAAGUAUUCGGCGAAUCAACGUAAACGAACGCCGACUUUUGUUAGUGCAGAGGGACUUAAGCAUGCCGACAUCCCUGUUGAAUCUCCCACAGGUUCUUUUUACUCCGAGAGUAGUGUUACUACUAAAAAAUCGUCAAUGAAAACGGGUUCCAAAAGGCUGCGAGAUUCUGUCGGACGGAAAUUACCGCCACAGUCUGUGACUAGAACGACAACUGAAGCUAUGAGCAACGGAGUUCACAGCAAGACCACGGAAGUAUGCGCCAAAUCAUGUGCGGUUGAUCCGUCUCCGUCCAACUCCUCUUGUGAUACUCUUCGGCCUUCUUCAAUUGUUCCGUGUAUCGGUCGCCGUUCAGGCCGUGUGUCUCUUUCUUCCCUGAGUGAUAGUAAUGAUAACUCGAGUCUAUCGAGCAGCAGUAGCAGCACUAGUUCUUCCGAUAGUGACUAUCCCACUCCGAAACGUCCUACUUAUCGUUCAGUGGCCGUUACUUCUGUCGCAAAAAAGGCUGUGCCAUCCUCUCGUUCCUCCGACUCCACAACACCGGCCGCAAUGACUUCCUCUGUCGCUACUGCCCCGCCACCUCCCCCUCCCAAGACCAGCACUGUACCCGCUGGUAGACGUUUGUCUCACUUUAUGAGUAGGGCCGUCGAAACAGAUAGCGACUCAGAUCCCGAUUCAUCACCCCUGGAAUCCUCCUCACCACCGCCAGCGCGAAAGCCGAUGUCUGUACUUAGUCGUCUUCGAACAACCGAUAGAAAUAGUACUGCAAACAGUGAUGCCGCAACUGAAAGCGAUUCAUCAUUGUUGGAGAGUAUCGGCUCUUCAAUAGGUCGCCGAAUGUUCCCAAGUACUACCAAAUGCGAGGCAAAAUAUUUUCGAAAUCCGUCCCCAAAACGGACUCAAAACGGAGCAUCCUCCGCAAACCCCAAGCCCCGCCGCUCAAACGACUUGGCUGUUAAUAAGGCCCCUUUAACAACUGCUGCCCCCUUUCCCAGGAGCGUUUGCUCAAAUAAAGAUAAGAUUGUUGCCUCUACGAGUAACGUCAACAACGCCCAUGGCAGAAAAGGCAAGAAAUGCGAUGCGACUCCCAGUACCUCUGGAAAGCUUGUUCCAGUGGCAAACCCUCCUGUGGUUGAACGUAGAUUAACUAGACAAAAUCCUCUUCCACCCGGGUCCACUACGGCGUCCUCUAUUUCGUCUGUGUCGCCAGCUGCACUCUCAUCGAGUUCCGGUAUCGGCUCAAGUCUCAAUGGUGAUACGAAGUCCGUUGACGCAUCCCCUGGUGACCUGUUAAUCAACGGGCAUGCCGGUGCUCUGCACUCUGAGCCUGCCCUAAUUAAAGCGAUUGAGGACCGUGUUCAACAUCAAAUGAAUGAACGUCUUGAAGCAUUGAAACUUGAACGUGAUAGAGCUACUGAACGUCUUAACCAGUUGGAAAGAUAUGUCAAGUUGUUGCAGCGCCGGCACAAGAAAGAGAUCCGUAACACAAAAAAACUCGCCUGGUGCUCUUACUGUUUGGAACAAGCUCAAUAUUACUGCUGUGGUGGAGUGGCCUACUGCUCUGUUGAAUGUCAGCUCAAAGACUGGGAACAGCAUCACUGUCGAAUGUGUCGGCGCCCGCUAGAGAAACCCACCUCCGCUUAG